AUGCGACUCUUGUCACAUCUCAAAAAAACAGCAUUCUUGCUGCCGAAGAUCUCCCUAGCCGACUCACCCCCCUCGAUAACCACAAUAGCAGAAGGCUACAAUCUGAUUGCCAAGAUGCCCUUGGAUAGUCCCUGGCUGCUGUAUCCCGGUGAUCCGAGAUUUAAUGGAUUUGAAAAUGGUAGUUCGGCAUUGCUCCUAACCAUCUCCCCCGAGGAGUUUGAGUAUAGGAAGGCGGAUUAUGGGAAGAAUUGA